GAUUUGAAACGCGAAGGUUGUUGACGGUGCGCGCGCGUUCUUGUGGUUGAAUCGAAGUUCAAGUCGUUCGCGUAAAGAAUACAUUCAGUUUUGGCCAAAAGCGAAAAGCUAAGAGUGAACAGCGAUUGUUCUAACGCUUAUUUGAUUAGCUUGAAAGCAAGAAAAAAACCAACCCAAAAACUAAUUUGAUUGGAACAACAAUUUCGAAUACAUUUUCCAAAAAGGCCAAGGAAGCAAACAGCAACAGCCGCAAUAAGUAUUAAGAAGUGGAGGCCAAUCCCCGAACCCCAGAGGGAAGACAAGCAAAUAAGACAGCAAAAACAGCCAACGACAGGGGCCAAAUGCAAAUUCAUAAGGAGAGGACCUGAACCUGAAGAUACAACCUCCAGAUAGAACACAUUUCCGCACUGAUACAGUGGGUCGAGAGCGGGAGAGACAGAGAGAGGAAGUGUUUGUUUAUUGCAGCGACUCAACGACUGGAACCGAGAAGAUCCAUUCGCAAGAUGCCCGGCCACUUACACGCCAUACCGCAUCUUUGAGACCCCAGUGGCAUACCCCAAGCCACACACUCCGGCCUGCAUGCGUUGCACACACACAAUAUUCCAUCAGGCAGCAAUAUUUGGAGAGUGCCUUCGGUUGGUUGGGCAAUCGCCAGAUAAAUUCUAAUAAAUAGCCAGACAACAGAAUACUUGGCAUAAAAAUAAAUAAGAAUCGAAGAACGCGGAACGCGGAACGUGGAGAGCAGAACGCAGAACGAGCUACGGAUUCGAACGCAUUGCAACAGAUUCAUCUGAGGUGUCGAGUGCAUUGCCCAGGCCAGACCAGGCCACGAAAUCUUUGCGGCAACAUAGACGUAGGUCGCGGCCAAAGUGUUGCAAGGCAGGGGCCUAGCCAGAGGCAACGGCAACCGCAGCGAGGUGUACACAUUCGGCACCAUGGAGGGCGGUUACGUCAAUGAAGAGGAUUCCGAUGCCAUAAUGGGUGUGGAAAGUCCAGGCGGUCAGCUCAAGACUAAGAAUGGCCAGAAGUACGUUUUCAAUGGACCGCCGACGGGCGUGUAUGUCUCCAGGGCCUGCCUGAUCAUCUCGGCCUUCAUUAUGAUUGUGGCGCUGCUCUUCUCCAUAGCCAUCACCUACUUCGUGGCCCGGCAAGGCGUCUCGCCACCAACGGAAGCCAGUCCCGGUUGCAUCACCGCUCACCAUCCCGAGGUGAAUGCCACGCCCAUCGAGACUGCUGGAUGGCUAAGCCUCAAUGCCCCGCCCAAACCGCCUCCGGUCGUGGAGACGGAGACGAAGAUGGCGCCGGCUCCACCCGUGGGUGACAUAAUACCCGUGCCCAAGCCGCCCACGGAAGUCCUCGAUAACAGCACUAAGCCCACAGAUCGGCCCCUCAAGCUCUACGAGGGCUGGCGUCCGCUGCACUACAGCCUCCUGAUUGAGCCAAACAUUGUGACAUCGUCCAACAACGGCAGCCUGACCAUCGAGAUCGAACGGGACGUGGCCAAGGUGAGCGCCUGGCAGCCCAUCGUGCUGGACGUGCAUAACGUGAGCAUCGCCAAUGUGCGUGUGAUCCGAGCGCCACUUCCGGGCAAGACCAGCAAUGGCAGCGACGAGCUGGAGCUGGACUUUGACAGCGACUAUGGCGAGGACAAUGCCACAUUUGUGGUCCGCUUGGACAAGUCCUUGGCCGCGGAGACAAAGUUGCGGCUGCUGCUGAGUCUGGACUUUGUCAGUCAGGUGACGGAGACCCUGCAGGGUGUCUACAAGACCAGCUACACCAAUCCGGAUACCAAAAAGCCAGAAUGGAUGAUCAGCACACAAUUCUCGCCGAUCGAUGCGCGACGCGCCUUCCCCUGCUUCGACCGUCCCGACAUGAAGGCCAACUUCUCCAUCAGCAUCAUUCGCAACAGCCAGUACAAAAUGGCCCUCUCCAACAUGCCCAAGUCGCACAGCAGUGCCUACCGUCCGGGCUUCAUAAGAGAUGACUUCUUGACCACACCGAAGAUGCCCACGUAUCUGGUGGCCUUCAUUGUCUCCAACAUGGUUGACUCGCGCUACGCGGCUCUCGACAGCAGUGUGGUGCCGCGCGUGGAGAUCUGGACACGGCCGACGUUUGUGGACAUGACCCACUAUGCGUACAAGAUGGUGCGCAAGUUCCUGCCGUACUACGAGGAGUACUUCGGGAUCAAGAACAAGCUGCCGAAGAUCGACCUGGUGUCGGUGCCGGACUUUGGCUUCGCGGCGAUGGAGAACUGGGGCCUGAUCACGUUCCGGGACUCGGCGCUGCUGGUCCCAGAGGAUCUGGAGCUGGCCUCCUCGUCGGAGCAUAUGCAGUACGUGGCUCAGAUCAUUGCCCACGAGCUGGCCCACCAGUGGUUCGGCAAUCUGGUGACGCCCAAGUGGUGGGACGAUCUCUGGCUGAAGGAGGGAUUCGCCUGCUACAUGAGUUACAAGGCCCUGAACCAUGCCCAUCCCGAGUUCCAGAUCAUGGACACCUUCACCAUGAUGGAGUUCAAGGAGUCGAUGCAGCACGACGCGGACAACACCUCCCAUGCCAUCUCCUUUGACGUGAAGUCCACCAACGAUGUGCGCCGCAUCUUCGAUCCGAUCAGCUACUCCAAGGGCACCAUUCUCCUGCGCAUGCUGAACUCCAUUGUGGGGGAUGAGGCCUUCCGCACGGCUACCCAGGAUCUGCUGAAGACCUUCGCCUACGAGAACAUGGACCGCAACGAUCUCUGGGCAAUCCUCACCCGCCAUGGCCACGAGAAGGGCACUCUUCCGAAGGAGCUGAACGUCAAGCAGAUAAUGGACUCCUGGAUAACGCAGCCGGGCUAUCCGGUGGUCAAUGUGGAGCGCCGUGGGGCCGACUUGGUCCUCCGCCAGGAGCGAUAUCUUCUGCCCGCCCGCAAUCCUGCGGACCACAGCCGCUGGUUCAUCCCCAUCACCUUCGAGACGGACGAGCUGCACAAGGGCGACAACAUCCCCACGCACUGGAUGACCAACCAGGAGGACCAGCAGGAACUCAUCGUUAGCCACGUCUUCAACAGUGCCAGCAACAACGACAGUGUGGUCUACUUGAAUCUGAACCGUCAGGGCUACUACCGCGUCAACUACGACAUGAUCUCGUGGCUGGCUCUCAAGAAGAACUUCAGCACCCUGCCACGGAUAACGAGAGCCCAGCUCCUCGACGAUGCACUUCAUUUGUCGCAGGCAGAGUAUCUGCCCUACGACAUACCUCUGACCUUCCUCAUGGAGCUGUACACGUCCGUGGAUGAUGAGCUGCUCUGGAGUGCUGCCAAGCCGGGACUCAACUAUUUGAUCUACAACCUGAAGCGGGAACCAGCCUAUGAGACUUUCAGGGCCUUUAUGAAGUUCAUCGUUCGUCCGGCCUUCGAUCAGUAUGGCCUGAACGAGCCCGACAACGAGUCCCAUCUGCAGUUGAAGCAUCGCGCUUUGGUGGCCAACUUUGCCUGUAAAUUCAACUACGAUCGAUGCACCCAGGUGGCCCAAUCCAAGUUCCGCGAAUGGAUGCGAAAUACCAAAAAGAAUCCAAUUAAACCGAAUCUGAAAUCGGUGAUCUACUGCACGGCUCUGGCGGAGGGUUCCUAUCCAGAAUGGUACUUCGCCUACAAGCAAUACAAGACAACCACAAGCGCCUCUGAAAAGGAGGAGAUACUCACCUCGUUGGGCUGCACCACGAAGCCCUGGCUGCUGUCCAAAUACCUCAACAUGACCAUCAAUCCCACAUCGGGCAUAAUGAAGCAGGAUGGUGCACUGGCCUUCCGCGCCGUGGCCUCCAAUGCCAUUGGCUACGAGAUUGCCUUUGAUUUUCUGCAGAGCAACAUUAAGGAGAUUGCCGAAUACUACGGCGAUGGUUUCUCCACCCUCUCCGAGAUGAUCAAAUCCUUGACCAUCUACAUGAACAAGGAGUACCACAAGCAGCAGCUGCAGGACCUGGCCAUCAAUUGCCGCAAGCUGGGCCUCAGGGCCGUCGAGACAGCUAUCAACCUGGCCAUGGAGCAGGUCAACGAUAAUAUCUAUUGGCGCACACACUCCUACCACAGCCUCAAGAACUUCCUCGAGGGCAUUGUCAGCGAGUUCCAGAUUAACAUAUUCUAAGUUGGCUAAAGCUGAAGCUGAAGAAAGAACAACAAGAAAAGAAAACUCAAAUUGAAUUCAACCAAAAACGCGAUUUAAUUAUUAUGAUAACUAUUACCAUUAUUUGUAUUCAUUCGAAAGCCUCAAAUUAAUUUAAAGAAAACGAAUUAUUUGCGAAAAGUGAUAUAAACGUGUAAGUUAGCCAACAUAAUUUAGGUAAACGAUAUACUUUUUGCAAUUGUAUAUUUAUUUAUUAUAAGUCGGGCUUCUUCUGCUUCUUGGUAUUGCUCUGUAACGUUCCUAUUAAUGCAGAAAUAGUGAGAGCACUCACCGCACAUCGUGUUUGAGUAACAAUAGAUCUAAUGCUGCUUUUGUAAAAUCUUAUCUUUAUACUAUGAUAUGAUGAACCAUGAUUGUCAAGUACUCUACUUUUGUGCACACCUACGUAGAUCCUAAGCGAAUCAAAUUAGCACUAAGUAAACCAAAAAUCUAUUUUUUAGUCACAUCAAAAUCAAGAAAGGUAGUGCACGCCUACAGUUUAUUAAGAUAUUGCGGGAAGAAGCGACCAUCCAUAAGGAUGGGUGGGAUGGGAUGGGGUGGAAAAAUGAGUGUCCUUAAUGCAUGGUUAAAAAUGUUGUUAAAGCAAUAAGCGUACACACACAUGCACACACAAAAAUACAUACAUUUAUAUAAACACAUAUAUAUUUAUUAAUGUACAAGUACCUAUUAUGUAUUUUGUAAAGCCCAACACUAAAAUACUUAUAUCGCUUGCUGCACAACCAUG